AUGGCUGGCGGAAAGAAGAAGAAAGCCGCCGACAAGAAGAAGGCUGAGGCCGACAACAAGGCCGAGGCCGAUCGACUUCGCCUCCAAUACCAGACUGCGACUGCCGCUGCCAUGCAAAAGGCCAAUGCCAGGGCUCUGCAAACCCGGCAGGCUACGCGGGCUCGGCUGGCGAAUCCUAAUCAGGCUCAGCCAAUUCAACAACCCCCUAUCAAGCAGGAACCCGACGUCGAUGAGUCCGGAGAGGCCGAGGAGUCCCCUCUGAAUGAUGAUGCGGACAGUACCGAUGAGGAGAGUGACUGGGAUGGCGAGGAGCAGGAGGGCAAUGCUCCUCCCGGCCCCAAGGCUCGCCCAAACCGCAAGAACCGGGGUCUGGUCAGAUGGUCUGACGAUGUUGAUAUCCAUCUCCUCCUCUGCUUGACUUACAUUUGCCAGAAGGACAAGGUCAAGCUGCCGUGGAAGAACAUCGCCAAGAAGAUGUGUGAGCAAGUUCCUCACACCACCACGGGAGCCAUUAGCCAGCACCUCUCCAAGGUUCGCCUUGCGCGCCGUGGAGGAUCUUUGGAGCCUCCUAGCCCCAUCCGCAAGCCAAAGAAUGGUGGCAGCACCACUGAGCGAUCCGAGACCAUGACUCCUAAGCAGGUGAACAAGAAGUCCAACAAGCGUGCCCGUGAUGCUACUCCCGAGACUCCCGAGAAGCGUGGAAAGCCUGGCAAGAAGACUUCCGCCAAUGCCAAGAACGCCGUCAAGGGUUCUACUUCUACUUCCCGCCGUGCUGCGUCCAACGCCGACGGACGCAUUGCAAACACUAGGUUAGUCAACUCCUCUGAUCGUCCUGAGAACAACUUCAAAGAGACUAGCCCUGAAGCUGGGGAGAAACUGUUAUGUACAGGUGCUGCCUGGCUACGCAGUUUCGGUUCUGAUGCAGAUAACGAGGAUGAAGAAGAUGAACUUGUGAACAAUGCUAAUGGUUAUAUCAACGACAGUGAGGUUACCGGAACUACCACCCAGUCCAACAUCGUUCGUCUCCGUGUGCCCAGCAUCGCCGCAGCCAGCACUGAUUCCCAUCCCGUCACGGAUUAUGGUUCUGCCCGUAUUUCUGCUAGUCAGUUUGCCGCCGGCGCUGCUCAUGUUCCUGCCAGUGAGUGGGCUUCCGGCUCUGGUCGUACUCCUGCCACUCGCGCUACUGCUACUCCUGGUCGUGUUAUCAUUGGCGAUUAUUAUCCUGGACACGGCAACUUGGGCAACGACAGCCUCUUGAGCCAGCGGGCUACGCCUGUUUCUCAGGGCGCCGUGCACCUUGGCCUUUAUCCCGCCGCCUGGUCUCCUUCUCUUGGUACUUCCGCUCCAUCUGAGAGCCGCUACGCAGUUGAGCACCCCUAUGCUCCUGCCGCCUCUUCCGUGCCUGGCUCUUGGGUUGACCCAAACACCACUAACGCCUGGAUGCCUUGGGACUACGCCCCACGCACCUCCCUUGGUCCCGACGCGUGGCUUCCGUUCGUGGCGCAGCGCGAUGCGCAUCGGUACCCGUCCGUUAACGAGCUAGCUUUCCGCGCUGAGCAGGAGCUGGCCGCGACCUUGGGCCCCCGCCGCCCGGUGGUGCGCCCCGCGGAGGAGAUUACUUGGAAGCAGGAGGAUGAGGAGGAGUACUCGGUGCCCUCGCCUUCCCACUGCAAGUGGUUUGUGCCCGAGGGGGAGAACCAAGAGUAA